AUGAUAACAGGUGUAAUACUGUUGUGUCAUCAUUGCUUGUCCCAUGGACCCAUCAGCGAACCUUGUCUGACGACUCCAGUUUAGUUGUCCUCCAAACUUCUUGGUGUUUCUACUUUCAGUUACGCAGCUGCGAGUUACAGGUGUCUGUCUGCAGGGCCCCGAACAUCUGCUCUUACUUUCAAAGAAAAAAAGCUCACAGAAGGUUUCAGACAUGGCCAGGAUGUGGUGCGAGAACUGCAACAACUACCCUAGUGACAGCGAGGAUGAGACUUGCUCAAACUGCGGGGAAUACUACACCUACAAGGAGGACGAAUGGGAGGAGGAGGACCGAGAAGAGGAAAAUGAUCAGUGCUAUUACGAAGGCGAUGUUGAUGAGGAGGAAGAGGAGGACGACAACGACAACGACGCUAAUGGGAGGGACAGUUCUUCCAGAAACGAUGAUGAUGAUGACGAUGAUAAGAGGGACACUUCUUCCAGCAGCGAAGAUGAUAAUGAUGAUGAUGAGAGUAACACUUCUUCCAGCAACGACGAUGAUAAUGAUGAUGAUGAGAGUGACACUUCUUCCAGCAGCGAUGACCAUUUCCGGGAGAAAAGAUGCUUCGGUUCCUUUGAAUGUCCCUCCUGCAGCAAUCGGUGGGACAGUGCGUAUGUCUUCUGCAGGAAAAGGCGAGGAAGUCUGGAGCCCCUGUACGAACAGGACUGCAAAGAAUGCGACGCCAGUUGUCUCCCUUACAGGGUUGCGCCCCUGCGCUGUUCCCUGUGUGGGGAGACCGACUGCACCUGCGAGAGGCACCACAGUGACGUCAACAAACCGCAUCGCAGCGACCUCUGCCACAGGUGUCGCUCUGGUCGCCGCUGCAACCACUGGUAGCUUCCUCAACGCCCUUACAUCUGGGAGGAGGUGGAACACCAUUAAUAAAUGUAGACAGGGGCAGACAACUUGAGGGUAAUUACCGUUGGAGGAGUCUGACAUGCAGGUCGACAGGCUAUAUUUAGCUGAGACCUAGUAAAUGAAAGAGGACACGAUGUAAAAUCUGAUGAGUCUGGGACGAUAGGCCAAAGAAGAUUUGGCUGGACGGUGUGCAAGAAGGGGAAAAACCUUCCAUCGCCUCACUACACAUAUUCUAUCGCUUACAUCCCUUUAACGGCACUUUGUUCUCUACAUGUACCUGACAUAUUUAUACGAGACUUAAUCCCAUCCAAAAACAAAAUUUUGUUAUUGUAAUUAUUUGCUAAAAGUAUGUACAGAUUUUUUUCAUGCUCUUUCUUCCCCUUUUAUCUCUCUCGACUCCCCAUCCCUUCUCUUUCGCGGGCGCUCCGGUAGCUCAGUGGUUAGCGCCCGUCACCAAUACAGUGAGAGCUGGCUGUCCUGGUUCAGGUCUCGUCUCGGGCACGCUGUUCUUUCUCUGAGCGUUGUAUUUGUUUACAGGCCUGGCUGCCUUGCCGUGAUAUAGCCUUAUA